AUGCUCUCAGGAACGCGCACUUCCAUCGAAGCACCAUGGCGGUUCGUGCUGGAUUGUCUCUCAACGCGGACCGGCAGCGUCGAUCCGGCUCCGCGGGUGAAGAUGCUAGAUACCGUCCUCUUGGACGGUACCGGAGGGGGGCAGGCGGAAAACUUUUUCUUCACGGCCGCGGAUGGAACCGUGCGGCGCAAGGGCGAACGCUUUUUGAGCAAGCACAUCUUCCUCAUAACUGGGCAAUCCCUUAAAAUAAUUGUUUGUUUUUCUGUGAACCCCAUCCUACGCCAACGCUAUUCUUUCAUCUUUAGCCUCAAGGCGAUCGAGAAAGAGCUCAGGUCUCGCGCAACCACCUUAAAGAAGAGUGCCAGUCAUGGCAGUGGUCCUGGAGACUCCACACUUCAAACGGCGGAGCACGUGAUCGCCAUGGCACGGAGGAAGACUGGGGAAUACUUCCCCAUUACGUCCAAAAUGCUCCAUACCAUCGUCAAGGGCGGUGUUGUUCCGGCCGACUUCGAUUGUAUUUACCCGUUCAAGGGAGGUAAGGACUUCGACAUCACCGCCGAGUUCGCCAACUACCAGCACCAGUACAUACUCGAUGAUAUCGGGGGUGGGGUCUCCACUGGCACCACACACAGGCGCGUUGGCUUGGAAAUCUCCGGCAGCAAAGAGGGCAAGGGCGCCGGCACCGGCGCGCAGCGUCACAACCUCCUGCUGAGCAAAAACGCGAGAAUCAAUGCAGAGGUGGUAGCCACGGUGAGGUCCGUGGUGAUUGCCAUUGAGCGAUCGAAGCACUGCCGUGUGCUGCGCCUCGACACGGAGUUUGUUUUGGACGGCAAUGAUGAGUUGUGGCUGGUCGGGGUCACCUGCUGCACGGUCGCGGCAAGGCCCACGAUUUCUGGCGCGCAGGAACUAGGCGACAACGGCCCACAAGGGGCGAGUUUCUUGAAAGAGGAGGAGCGCGCACUUGCCACAGAGUUGCGUCAUAGGAAACACGAGGCCGAUCAGAUCGCUGGCGUUUUAGGGGAUGAAAAUUUUUCUCAACUACUGCGGAGUGUUGGGUAUCACUCCCCAGAGAAGAGCCGAGCGGUCGCCCGCCGCCGCCGCCACCGUCCACGUCCAAUUGUGGACUCAACCAAUCCAAGCAGCACCAUCCCCCGGAAUGACAACGAUGAAUACCGAGCACGAGAAACAGGCGGCGAUUCGGUAGCCUUGUCGCAGCGGGUGCUGCCCAACACCGGGACUCGGUCGCAAAGGACCGGAACCCGGGCAGCUGUUCAUGCAGGCAUGGCGUCCUUCGAUUGGGCUGAUCUGGAUCCUGGAGAAGGCUCUGCAACCAGCGAUUUCGGCGACAACGACACAGAUGGCGGCAGCCGUGCAGCAAGUCGGUCUCCUUCCCCUCCGCGCUCUACGGUGUACUUCGACUCGUCCGUCGCCAAGCUGGACCAGGCUGCAACCAAUCGGAUUUACGGCAGUACUCAGGUGUGCCACUGUGUGGAAGCAAAAAGUAGCGGAGAACACAAUACAGCGCUUGCCUUGACCUCAUACUGGGGUGACUUCUGCGACUUCGACGUCGGAAAGCGGGUCCGAGAAGAGGAGAAUCGCCGGCGUUUUGCCGAAAAGGCGGCUAGGGCGGCAGGAGCCCUAAACGGACGAGUCGAGAACCUCUCCACUCUCCGACGGAAGAUAAUCUCGAUGGAGAGUGGGGACCUCGGAGAUGGUCCAUCGGCAUCGGCCACACCCGCCGAGGUCAGGGAGGGGGGUCGUGGUCCACGAGUAGCACGGCACACAGACACUACCUCCGAGCGGCUCGACAUAACAUACAAGGCGAUAGUGCAGGCCCGGCAGGAGCGGCCGUUGGUCGAGGCGUUUCUGCGGCGAUACGCCCGGGGCGAGGACGGCGCUUACCACAGGUAUCUAGACGGUGGCCAGGGGGACGAACCGUACCUGGUGGGCGGAAAAUAUCCUGGUGUGUACUACCGGCUGGUCAGGGUGUGUUCGAACUGUCACAUGGUGUACACCCUUCUAGACGAGGCACGCGCUCGAGCGUUGCGGGCGGCGAGUCGUACCUGUGCCGGCGGUGGAGACCGGCGCCACCCCGUCACCCCGAGACUCCCCUUGGGUCAGCUUUCAUGCGAUGAGAAGGGUGCUGGGAGCAUGCCAACGGCGAUGAUGUUGCUCACGAGAGCUGGUGAGAAAGAUAACACAGACGGACAAGGGCACAAAGAAAGUCCCAUCGCAGCGGAGACUGUCCCCGCGGUCUCCGCGUCGAGUGAAGGCCACGAGUACUCCUCCUUGGCGGUGUCACUGUCAAAAGCCAGGCGGGCAAUGGAUGUCAUUUCUCAGGGCGACAUCUCUGAGCUGCGCUCGCUCGUGCGCCCCCCUGCCACCGUCGUGCACGUAGCUUCAAUUGCCCUACUUUUGCUAGAAGGCAAGACUACCGAGAAAGCUACGGCUGUGCCUGUCUCUUGGGCAAUAGCUAGAACGGCGAUGUGCCGUGCAGGUCUUCUCCCGCGCCUGCGAGCCUUAGACCCGCGCGCGGUAACCCCUCAGCAGUUGAGCUUAGUGGGUCCGGCUCUCGAACGGUCCAGCCUCGACCCGGCCGUCGUGCGCCCCCUGUGCAAUGCGGCGGGGAACCUCUGCUUGUGGAUUCUCGGCGUAAUUCAGGCGAACCGGUGGCUGACCGGGAGCGGUCAUUCGCGCACAAACGUCGUCCCAGUCGACGGCGACAUCAGACGUUGGGGGUAUGACCAUGUCAAGAAACACAGGGGCACCGCAGUUGUUCAGCGGCAGCAGCCGUUCCCGCAACAGAAAUAUCCCAGGCGGACUAGGUGGGCGAGCCCUUCCCGCGCCCCGGCUGGAAGGAGACGGUGUCGAUUGGAGAAUCACGCGGUCAGGGCAGCGCCGAGCAGCAACGGCAGAGGCGGCAGGGAAGCACCAAAUUCAGUGUCCCUCGAGCCAACUUCCACCGUGGGCUUCGGGGUGUUUGGGCCCGCUACUGCUUCGCCAAAUCUCGGCGGAGAAGCCAACUCUGGGUUUGGAGUGUCGAGCGACCAAGACGAUGCUGUAGGUGCUACUUCAGUAGCACCAGCGGCGUCCUUGGAGAAGCGAUUGCCGUGUCGCAGAAAGAAAAACCUAUGUGGCCGAGUUGCGGCGCAGGCGUUUACAUCCGGACGGUUGGCGAACGCAGGCCAGUGUGAAGCGCCAGAGACUUCGUCGGGGAAGCACUUUGUUUGCUCAGACGGGAGGACACGCUUGCCGUACAGGGUGUGCGGGAACCCCAGGACGUCGUCAAGCAUCGCGGAGUCAUGCAACUUCGUCGUCGUGCAUGACUUUUUCGACAACGUGGACAAGACUGAGGUGUUUUUCAGGCCAGUCACCCGCAAGCACCGCGGCUGCCGAGUGCUCGCGUUCAGCUACCCCGGUCAAGCCGGCACGGUGUUCAGGGUGUCGCCAUCCAUGGUCGCCCUUGCGUCACCGGAGGGAAACGCAACACGAUCGAACGGAGGCGGGGCACACGGGCUGGGUUCUUCGCAUCGUGGUGUCGGGAGUGGUGGUGGGAGUGGAAAAGUGAGGAAGGAAGUCCCGAACAACGCUUUUCUUGCUCCCAGGCUGCACGAACUCCUUCAGCACGUGCACUCGGUCGGAGAGAUGAGUCUAACGGCACCGUUUCACCUGGUGAGUUUAGAAACCGAAUCGUGUUCCUUGUGCACCCAGCAAAAGGGGGUGGCCAGCGGUGUCUCGUCGAGAUACGCGCUCAACACCUUUCACGCCCCCACCUCUAAGAACAGCACCAUAGCGUCGCCUGCCUCAUCCACGUCAUAUGUUACGAUAGACAACCCCUUGAAGUUUCCCGACAACGUUGGCAUCGGGAACGGAAUGGCCACCGCCGCUGCGUUUGCACUCCGCUACGGCGACCAUCCUCUCUACCGUUCCAGCAUCCGGUCUGUCGUUAGCAUCAAUGGCUUCUCCUCGGUGGACUCGCAGCUGGCAGCUAUUCUGCACUCUUCGCUCAACGCCUUCGCCACCUUGCCGCCGGCAAGGCCGGACCUACCCGUCUUGUUCAUGUCUCGGUACAUUUUCAGCGAUGACUACCUGCGAAAGGUGGGCAGGGACCUCGCCCUUGGAAUCUACACCGCCGUAGCCAAUCCGGUGUCCCUCGAGGGUCGGCACUUGUUGUGCAACUCAGCCCUCUUGCACGAGGACGUGUCAGCGGAGGUUGGAGCUCUCGGCGUACCGAUCGUCCUCCUCCAGUCCACCGAGGACAUGCUCGUAAACCCCGCAAACGUCGAUCCCUUUCUGCGUGGGAGGAGCAGCACUCACCAUUUCUGGAGUCACGAGUUUCGCGACGGUAGAGGUGGUGCCGGCAGCGACGGCGAGCUAACAUCUUCCGCCGCCGCGGCAGAAGCAGCGAGGGGGUCAUCCGUGUACGGGCGGAAGGGGCUAACGGACCUCCUGCGGGCGCUGUCCAGGCCUCGCGGCACGUUCGUAGCAUGGGUUCGGGCGGGGCACGAGGUCUGUCAAGAGGGCAAGCGCGCCGUGAUCGACCUGCUGGACGUGUUGGCGAAGCCCACGCCAGCGUACACUGGUGUGGACGAGGCCGACGUGCUUCAGGGAGAGGCCGAGGGAGCGGCAACCCUCGGACUGUACCCGUCCGGCGAGUGGGUCGCAAGGGUGAACAAGCGGGGCGGCGGCCCAGCGAAUGCGGCUGAGGUAGCAACGUCCCAAACAGGCGAUUUCGACGACUCGGAGGGAGACGAUGCCGCAAUGUCAGCCGACCGCGGCAGGCGAGAAGAGAAAGGGCAUGUAGAUUGCGACGGAAUCGGUGAAGGCGGCGCCGAGCGAGAAGGAAGCGGUUUGCCGGCGGCCGCGUCGCCGUUCCCUAGAGACCUGUCGAUACCAACCCUGCCGGCGAGCGUCGCCCUUGGCCAUCGUACCCCGAACACCAGCCCGAUCAAGAGAAGUCACGCCGCAACCUCGGGCGCCGGCAAUGCCGCCGGCCGUGGGAGGGGCGCCCACCGCACGGUCGGCGGGCGGAGCGGUAGCAGCCGCAGGCAAGCGAGGAGUGUCGACGCGUUCGGGGUUAGCGACGACAAAGACGUCGAACCGCACGAGGGGCGGCAAGCCCGUGGGCGAGGGAGCGGAAGAGACAGAGGUGCCCUCGACGGCCGGGAAAGAGACUCUGGAGCGGUUGGAGGCCCCCUAGUAUCGGUGCACGGUUGUCGUCGCCGGCCCAAGGUGGUUUGGAAGGACAACACACCACAGGAGGCAGUUGAACAAGUGGCGCCGACGACAGCACCGUUUUUGACCAGUAGGGCACACGGGGACAAGGACAAAGAAGGCGGAGCAGGAGAGAAGGACUACUCCACGUCGUACUUCCCAACGGCGGCCGUGCUGUACGACGGUGAACAUUCAAACCGCCCGACCGCGCUCAGAGACAGAGAAGAUCCGUGGGACCUUCUGAGCAAUCCGCCGUCCCUUGAAUUCCCGUUGUCCGGCGAGCACCAGCGGGGCAAUCGUCGCUGGGUAGUGAACAAACCUACCACUGGCGGAAACGGCGGGCAAGGCGAGGUCUCACUAACGUCGCCGACGUCGUCGUCGACAGCUGCAGCUACCGCAGGAGCCACGAGCUCAAGCGGCCAUGGUAGCGACUCUCCUUCCCUCGCAGACCUCCUCGAGGCCGAAGCUUCGCUGGAGGGUCGGCUGUGCGAGGCGCGGCGGCGAGCGGCCGAGCGGCUCGUUCGCGAGGAGGCCGACGCGGAGCGGCGCAUCGCCGGGAUAACCCGGGAGCAACAGGCGAGGGGAAGAGAAUUCGCCGAGGAAGACCGACAGAUGAUCGCCGACCUGGAGGCUCAGCUGGCGGCGGGGAGGCGUGCACGCGCACCGGCUGACCUGCAGCGGGCGGUCGACGGCGUGAACGUCGACGAUGCGAUCGUGCGAGGAGGUUUGGUUGCAUCGAAGUCGCCAUCGUCGCCACCUACGUCUUCAGCAUCAACCCGCGGCCGGAAGGACAACUGCGACAGUGUAGUAGAGGGAGAGGCGGUUGGGGGUGUUGGACGCGCAUUUGACUCUUCUUCUACGUCUCCUCCUUUUCCGUUUCCCGUCCGCGCGAUGCCGCCGCUUGACUACUCCCCGCUGGAUGCCCUCCCCGAGGAGCUCCAACGAGCGACCGACGCGUACUCCCUCAUGGACGAUGCGGCCCGCGACGAGGCCGAGAUGCUCCGAAUACGUAAAGCGACGGGCGGCGGCGCGAUGAGCGUCGAGGAGUUCCAGAGGGAUCAAGCGGCGGCCGCCGCGGAGGCCGCCGCGUGGCGCCUGGGCUCGAAGAAAGCCUUCCGGAAGCGCUCGAAGAGCGAGCUUGAUCGGGCGAGGGUGGAGGCGGCCCUGCGCUUCCAGCCGCUCGUCCGGGGCGUCCUCGCGCGUAAGCGCGCUCGGCGGCUCCGGCUGCAGAGGGACGAGGAGCGGGAGCUCUCCGCCGCCGCCACGAAGGUCCAGGCGGUGGCCCGAGGCCACCUGGCGAAGGAGCACGCCCGCGUGGCUCGCAAGGCCGCCGUAGCCGAGCUUGUUCUCGGGGGGUCCGCCAUCCGCCUGCAGAGCGCGGGGAGGGGCAUGCUCGGCCGGCGGCGGGCCGCGCGGAGACGCAGACAGGUGAUGGCGGAGGCCAUCCAGAGGUGCUACCGCGGGCACCUCGGCAGGAGGAGCGCCGCGCACCAGCGAGCACUGCUGGAAAGUCUCCGGCAGAGGAACAUGGCGACGACCAGGAUUCAGUCGUGGUGGAGGUGCAAGCUUGCGAUGGACAGGUACGCACGUGACCGGGCGACGUCGAUCGCUGCCAUAGAGAUCCAGCGGUGUUACCGCGGAAUGAUCGGGCGGAAGAAGGCCUCGCGGAGGUUGGAGUGGGAGAAGUCGGAGCCCGGGCCGGAGAGGCUCAAGCUCGGCGUGCGCUUAAUCGAGGAAUCCAAAAGCGCCUUUGAAGCCCAGCGGAUGGAGAUCGCCGCCCUGCACACGGCAGGGGAGCGAGCGGCCGUCAGGACGAGCCGGAUACGGAAAGAGCUGGGCGCGAGUGAGAAGGAGCUGACGGCCCUCGAACGAGAGAUGCACGAGAUCGAUCAUAUAGAGGGUCAACUGUCCCAACUCAACCAUCAGCGCAACAUGGUGCAGCUAGGCCUGAUGCAAGCGGGUGAGACCAUGCCAGGGGUCGACACCCCCGCCCCGUCCAGAGGGGGAGCGGGUGGUAGUGGGGGCGGGGACGAAGGGGUGUGGGGCGGUGAUAACGUUAGGGACGCAGCCGACAAGGAUCUCGGGUUUGCUAUCGAGAUGCAAAUUCAGGUCAAGCGCGCGGAGCGAGAGAAAAAGCGACAGGAGCUCGAGGCCGAUUUCAGGGGAGUCCGGGAGGAGGUGGACCUGAAGCGGCGCGAGUUAGACCGCGUUUCCGCCGCCAUCACCGAGAUAGAAAGCACCCGCGAGCGCAAGACGGUCGAGUUCCGCCGCAUGCAGGCCAACUUGAUGGAGCUUCUCCGGGAGCAGAAGCUGGAGCUCGACGCCGUCAAGGAAAAGGGCGUACAGCUGGAGGUUGCCACAGCCACGUCAGCGGCAACGGCGAGCGCCACCGCCCAGCGGGCGAGGGACCACGAGGAGCGUUCCUCGGCAAUGUACUCGCAGACGGAGGAGCUCAUGAAGUUCCAGUUCAUGUCCAUGUCCCUCAGCUACUUCAGUAGCCUCAACAUGCUCAAGACCAUGCGGGACAUCAACGCGGACACGACGACGGCGGCCGUCACUUCGAGCGCGGAUGCGGCGGCGGCGGCGGCGGCCUCGGCAGCCGCCGCCAACAUUCCCGCCAUCAAGGCCGGCAAGGUAAUGGAGUCGGUCGCAGACGUGACCAGCCAGGAGAUCGGUCGAAAGAACAAAGUUCUCCGGGAGAAGAUGGAGGCGCAGGAGGAGAUGGAAGAGGCAAAUGCGCACCCCUUCCCGCCAGAGGUAAGGUUCUGGACGAAGGAGGACGUGGGCUUCUUCCUCACCACCCUGGGUUUGCGGCAGUACCGGGCGGCUUUCGAGGAGGCCGCGGUGGACGGCGAUUUCUUGCUGGCGCUGGAUGCUAACGACUGCGCGGACGUGCUCGGGGUUGAGCACGCGCUGCACUCCAAGAAGUUGUUCUUGGCGAUCGACAAGCUCCGGCCCCUAGGGGCGGAUGAGCGGAGGAAGAAGGUGGGGGAUGCUGUUGGUUGUAGAUUGUUGCUGUUGGCGCUGAUGAUGUGA